AUCAAUUUUCAUGCAGUGUAACAGACUUCUAAGCAAAUGACGAAAGUAGCUAAGCUCACCUACUAUUCUGUUGUCUUUGUAUGACUUUUGGCUUUCACCUUCCUCUGGUAGGAAAAACAGCUUAAACGACAUAAAGCGACCAAUAAUUCACCCACUUUUAUUUUUCUAUAUCAAUGCCAUAAAAUCUGGAUAUCUCCUUGUCUCUCUCAUUUUCAUCCACCAAUAAUGGAUUCAAGCAGCAACUCUGAGAUUUCCCAUGAUUUUCCUCCAUUUUUCAAAGUUUACAAAGAUGGCCGAGUAGAGCGUUACACGAUCCUGGACGGUGCCCCCAAGCAUGUUCCUGCGGGUCUAGAGCCAGUGCCAGGAAUCCAGUCCAAAGAUGUUGUCGUCUCGUCGGAAACUGGCGUCAAGGCCAGAAUAUUUCUUCCCAAAAUCGAUGGCCCUGGUGAAAGAUUUCCAGUUUUGGUCCAUUACCACGGUGGUGGCUUCUGCCUGGGGUCGCCGUUUGAUUCAGUCUCUCAAAAUUUUCUCACUUAUCUAGUAACCCAUGCCAAUGUCAUAGCUAUUUCUAUCGACUAUAGGCUCGCCCCUGAGCACCCUUUACCAAUUGCAUAUGAUGACUCAUUGGCCACGCUGCAGUGGAUUGCAUCGCACUCUGAAGGAUCUGGACCCGAACCAUGGUUGAACGAAUAUGCGGAUCUUGGGCGCGUUUUCUUGGUGGGUGAGAGCGCCGGAGCCAAUAUAGCGCAUUACGUGGCGGUUCAAGCUGGCACUAUUGGGUUGGAUGGGUUGAAAAUAAAUGGGGUGCUUAUUGUGCACCCAUUCUUCGGAGGUAAAGAAGUUGAUAAGAUGUACAAGUACUUGUGUCCGACUAGCAGUGGGCGUGACGAUGACCCGAAAUUGAACCCGGGAGUGGAUCCGAAUCUGAAGAACAUGGGUUGUGAUAGGGUGUUGGUGUGUGUGGCUGAGAAAGAUUGGCUUAGAAACAGAGGUGAGGCUUACUAUGAGACUUUGGCAAAAAGUGAGUGGGGUGGGAAAGUUGAAUUUUAUGAAACUUUAGAUGGAGAACACUGCUUUCAUAUGUUCAAUACCCACACUGAGAAGGCUGCACCAUUGUUGAAGAAAAUGGUUGACUUCAUAACUCAAGAAUAGGUUAAGUUGGGUGUUUUUUUUUCAGAUGUUGUAUGCUUGUGUCGUGUGAUCUGGUGAAAAAUAAUGCAAAAAUAUAUUGUAAUUUAAAGAAAA